AUGAACAAUAAACAGAAGGGUGCUAGAUACGAAUGGUUCAAACUUAGUGCAUUACCGAACCUCUAUGCAGAUGUCCUUCUCGGAAAUGACUUCUUGGGGUUACACGGUAAAGUUGAAAUUCCAUUCAAUGGCGAACGUACCACUCUAACUGUGUUUGACGUAACAAUCGCGAAACUGGAAUCCCCAUUUUUAUCAGCCAAUCUCGCCGCGCAUCGCAAGCCGAUAGCUCCGAAAUCUCGUCGUCAGAUACCGGAACCAGAGUGA